CUUGCUCUUUCUCCCUCAAUAUGACUGACUGCGAAGCGGUGGCUCUUGCAGCGCAGCUCCGGUGGCGCAGGCGGGCGCGGCGGGAGGAUUAUUAGAGGACGCAGACGAGCCGGAGCGCAGGAGCCGGCCGCGCAGGACGGAGGACGCGGCGCCCGGAGAGCUGACACCCCGGCAGCCUGCAGGCUGCUGAGUUGGCUGUCGCAGUGCAAGCGUUGGGGUCCCAAUGGGGGACUCAGGAUCCAGACGGUCUACCCUGGUCUCCCGGUUGCCAAUAUUCAGAAGAAGUAUUAGCAGGAGACAUGACUCUCUCCCUUCCUCACCCUCUUCCAGCGCCACGGUUGGCAUCCACAGCUCCUCUCCUUCCAGCACUAACUCCAGCUCAGGUAGUACGGGAAAGCGCAGGAGCAUAUUCCGUGCCCCUUCCAUCAGCUUCCACCAUAAGAAAGGGAGUGAACCCAAGCAGGAACCUACCAGCCAGAACCUUAGUAUCUCCAAUGGUGCUCAACCCAGCCACAGCAAUAUGCAGAAACUGAGUUUGGAAGAUAAUGUAAAAACUAGGGGCGGGCAUUCUGCGGGUUUUAGUAGUUCAAGAAACAAGAAAAUAACAAGAUCUUUGACAGAAGAUUUUGAAAGGGAAAAGGAACCCUCAACUAACAAGAAUGUCUUCAUAAAUUGUCUGAGCUCUGGCAGAAGUGAAGGGGAUGAUUCUGGAUUUACAGAAGAGCAAACGCGUCGUUCUGUUAAGCACUCAGCAAGGAAGCUACUCCCCAAAUCCUUUUCAUCUCACUAUAAAUUUUCUAAGCCAGUUCCACAGAGCCAGUCCAUUUCAUUGGUACAACAGUCUGAAUUCUCACUGGAAAUCUCACGGUACCAAGAGAGGGAGCCUGUAUUAGUAAGAGUGUCCCCGUCUUGCUCUAUGGAUGCAACGGAUCGGGCAGGAAGCUCUUUACAGUCGCCUUUGCCUUCUGCUGAUCUCACCACAGCUCAGACCCCUUCAGAAUUUUUGGCCUUGACUGAAGAUUCGAUGUCUGAGGCAGAUGUGUUUCCUAAAAGUGGAAGCAUGGCGUCCCACUGUGACAACUGUGACCACGGUGAUUCUACCUCUCAACGGGCUCCCAACCCUGCCACUGUUACAAAGUCAGCUGUGGAACUUGUGGGAGCUGGGCCCUGUGCAAUCAUGUCUCCUGGGAAAUCCAGGUUAGAAGGUCGGUGUAGCACCGAAUCUGAUUCCUUACCAGACACCUCUGCUACUAAUCAGAAGGAAGCGUUACUACAAAUCACUGAGCUACCUAUGAAGAAUGUGAGCAACUCAGAGACCCACCGACCAGCUGACCAACAACGAGAGGAGCAUGUGCUACAGAAUGGAGAACCAGUGUUGAGGACUAGCUCCCCAAGGAAGCUGGGAUUGUAUGACCAGCAUAGAACUUUAGCUGACCGUGUUAAAGGAAUCCAUCCUGUUUCUGAUUCAAGGGUGAUCCCCUCUUCAGCAGAUCAUGAUGUUUUUAACAAAACAUCCUAUGGCUACGAAGCAAGUGCUGCCAGAGUUCUUGCCAGUAGCCUCAGUCCAUACCGUGAAGGGAGGUUCAUAGAGAGGCGGCUGCGCUCCUCCUCCGAAGGGACUGCAGGGAGUAGCAGAAUGAUCUGGAAACCCAAAGAUGGACACUCAGAAGACAUAAAUAGUCUAAGAAAACAAAGAGCGGGUUCCUCAUCCUCAAAAAUGAACAGUAUGGAUGUUUUAAAUAAUUUGGGAUCUUGUGAACUGGAUGAAGAUGAUCUAAUGCUUGAUUUAGAAUUUUUAGAGGAACAGAAUCUUCAACCUCCAGUUUGCCGGGAGGAUUCCUGCCACUCUGCAAUGUCCUGUGCUGCUGUCCUUACUUCGGUGGAGCCAACAAUAGAAAUGAAGAAAACAGAAGAAGCUAAGUUCCCUGAGCCUUCCAAAGAGAGCCUUUCCCUGAAAAUAACAAAAGACAUUGACCAGGAAACCAGGUGUUGCCAUGUCAGCCCCUCUGCAGACUGGCCCCUGCAGAAUGUGGAGGAGAAUGGAGGCAUGGAUUCUCUGCCUUUCAGGCUUAUGCUGCAGGACUGCACGGCAGUGAAGACGCUGCUGCUGAAGAUGAAGAGGGUGCUUCAAGAGAGUGACAUGAGCCCAGCCAGCAGCACCACCUCGCUUCCAGUCAGUCCUCUGACUGAAGAGCCGGUGCCUUUCAAGGAUAUAAUGAAAGAUGAAUGCUCUAUGCUGAAGCUACAGCUGAGAGACAAGGAUGAACUCAUUUCUCAACUUCAGGCAGAGCUGGAAAAAGUCCAGCACGUACAGAAGGCUUUUGCUACAAAAGUAGAUAAAUCCACACAGACUGAACUUCUAGGCUGUGAUGGUUUAAGCUUGAAACGACUGGAGGCAGUACAAGGUGGGAGAGAGAUGGAUAAGAGUUAAUCUUGGUGUGGAGGCAUGGUAGAUCAGUUGGAACAGAAGACUGAUUGUUCACAUCUUCUAGCACACACAGGAAGCAGAGAAGGGGGGAAAUGGA